GUUAGCCAGUUCUAUUUUUCACAUCCCUAGUCGCGGAGGAAAAUAAAAAAAUUUCGCUGGCCAACUGGUCGAAAUAAACGGGGAAAUGCAGAUGCAAACGUACAAACUGGUGGUCGUCGGCGGCGGCGGCGUGGGAAAGUCGGCGAUCACGAUACAGUUCAUCCAGAGCUACUUCGUCACGGACUACGAUCCCACCAUUGAAGACUCGUACACGAAGCAGUGCAACAUCGACGAUGUGCCAGCCAAAUUGGACAUUUUGGACACGGCUGGCCAGGAGGAGUUCAGUGCCAUGCGGGAGCAGUACAUGCGCUCCGGCGAGGGGUUCCUGCUCGUCUUCGCGCUCAACGAUCAUUCCAGCUUCGAUGAGAUCCCCAAGUUCCAGCGCCAGAUCCUGCGCGUCAAGGAUCGCGACGAGUUCCCCAUGCUGAUGGUGGGCAACAAGUGCGACCUGAAGCACCAACAGCAGGUGUCCUUGGAGGAGGCGCAGAACACCAGCCGCAGCCUGAUGAUUCCCUACAUCGAGUGCAGUGCCAAGCUGCGCGUCAACGUGGAUCAGGCCUUCCACGAGCUGGUGAGGAUCGUGCGGAAAUUCCAGAUCGCCGAGCGUCCCUUUAUCGAGCAAAGUUACAAGAAGAAGGGAAAGAGGAAGUGCUGCCUGAUGUAAGAGGCGGGUUGGAGAAUCUCCUGAAUGCCGCAGCGGAAGCAGGAGCCAAAAAUUAACGAGUAUAACACCAAAUUUUUUGAAAAACAUGCGUCGACUGAGCUUUGAAUUCCGUUGAGAAGACGAUAAACCAGUAACCCGAUACCAGUAAUCGCGCAAAACGUGUCAACGAGCCCAAACGAAGUGCAUUUCUUACCUGCCCAGGUGCAUGCCGCAUUCAACGAACGAAUCGAAUAAGCUUCGCCACUUUCAAAUAGCUACGAAGAAACUUACAACUGAGAACUAACAAUGCCACAUGCAAACAGCAACAGAAACACGAUAGUUAGAUAUAUACAACAGAUUCACACGAAUAAUAUAUAUAUAAAUAUAUAUAUAUUUCUACAUAUAUUUUUGUAAUAUUAUUUGUUGAUCAACGACAACAAUUAAGGACGAAUGUUUUCUAUAAUUAUUACCAAUCGUGGCUCGCAGGCCAAUUGUUUUUAUAAUGCAAUAACUAAACCCAGAACGUUUGUUUCGAUUAAGCCAAAACGUAAUAAUGUGUUAUUGUAAUUUGUAUUGUUAUUUACUACUAAUAUAUACGUAUACAUAUAUAAACUG